AAAUGUUACUUUUUAUGGCGUCAUACAAGAUAUCAUUGAAAUAGACUAUUGGGGCAAAUUUAGUGUUGUGCUAUUCAAAUGUGACUGGUUUCAUUCAGAAGAAGAUGAAUAUGGCCUUAUCCGCGUCAAUUUUAAUAACAAAGGCCAUAUAAAUGAUCCUUUUGUCAUGGCAUGCCAAGUUCAUCAAGUUUUCUAUGUGAAGGAUCCUGUUGAAGAGGCAAACAAGAAUUGGCAUUAUGUUUUAAAGAAGCUUCCUAGUCAUGUUUAUGAUAUUGACCGUGAUAUUGGUGCUACACAUGGAGGUGACUAUUGGGUUGAAAGUAUUGACAUUGUCAGUGAUUUAAUCCCAACUAGUAAUGAUGACAUAGAUGAUGUGGGUUGGUGUAGAGAUGAUGUGCCGAGGUCCACUGUUGACAUUCCUCCAAAUAUAUAUAUUCAUGAUGAUAAUAUAAUGGAAGGUGAUGAAGAUAGUGACUUUGAUGAAACAGAUUGGGAUUGGAUGGAGUAAAGACAUGGGACUUUCUGUAUGUUUUGAAAGAAAUGAGCUUUGAACUUUAUGUUUUGAGUAUAUGGGUUGAGUAGACUUUGUCACAUUUUUACCAUUUAUUUGAUCUCAAUCAUUAACAUUUAUAUAUUUACUGAUUCCUUACUUUUCUUCCUUUUUAAGUGGUUUAGUCAAUUCAGUGUUAUGACCUCAAGCUGCAAGUAGCUGGCAUGUAGGCUAUCGAGCGUUCUUAUUUAUUAAAUGCUUAUUAAAACUGUGUCAUAAUUUGUCAGCCAGGGAGGACAUAGUCGAAUCACCAAGAGAGGAUAUAGGCAUGCAUAGUUGUAUGCAGUGAUCAGCAGUGAUAUAAUUCCUCUAGAGAGGAUAUUGUUAUCAAUUGACUGAACAUGAGAGGAUAAACCAAUAAGCCCCUUGUAGAAAGAGAGAAGUUCCUGUUGAAUAUUAGUCUGAGUAGUGAGCUUGACCCCUUGAUUUUUAUAGAGAACAUGAAUGAGAUUAGUAGAUUUUUUUGCUUCACAUAUGCAUGAAAGAAAUUAGAGUUGAGAUCACCAUAUUUUUUUAUCCAAACCGACUCUUGCUUUUUUUUUUUUUUGCAUAUAUCAAGCUUCAUUUUUUAGAACAUUCAUCAGAUAUGUGCAUUAGUUUCUAGUCAUCCACUAAAUGAUCUGGAGAGAACCUAUUUUCCUUCCCGUGUUGCUGGAUAUUAGUUUAAAGCAUAGAUGGAAAACACUAUUUUGUUCAAUAUUAUAUUUCUUUGUCAAGAAAACUCUGCCAUCUGAGAUAUAGUUUGUUCUGCUGCUUCUGCAGUCUCGACAAUAACAUAAGAUGGCUGGACAUGUCUUAACACUUGGAUCUAGUUGCCAUAGCAACCAGCAAAUCAAUUAUACUCCAAUUUACCACUUUAACUUUGACUUCUGAUGCGGUGAGAUAAACUUUGUCAAGCAUUAAACUGAAUAAAAUAAACGCUGAGCUAACUUUAGUGUCCUUGUUGAAGAAUUUAUUGCACUAUCACCAUACUGCAACAUUUGAUAUUGUUAUAUAGAAUUUGUCAAGUCUUCCGUUGCAUCAAGCAAAGAUCCAAGCCAUUUUAUUAAUUUGGGGUUCACUAGUAAACUAUGUAUUACAUACAUAAGCACACCUUUCAUGUGAAGUCAUUUCAGUAUGUCAGCAUAUGAGUAAGUUACGUCGUUAACUGUUUUGAGUUCUGUACUGUUGCACUUUCAUGUGGUCAGAGAACUCUGAUCUAUAGCAAGUAUUAGUUGCUGCAACAUUUGUUGAUUCUUGUGAGUUUUCCUCAUUCAAAUUAACUCGUGUCAUCAUUUAUGUAAGUGUUUUUCUCAUCAAAUUAAUGGAGGGUUCUCAUCAAAUGGAGGUUAAUUAUAUGAAGCAACUUCAUGCUAAGCUAAAUGAUAAAACUGCACUCCUUAUGCUGAACUACGCCACAUAAGAUGCAUCAUCCGUGUCAACUAAUAAGAUCUGGAGAGAGCCUCACGUCUUGAUAUAUGGAAUAGCGUAGUUAGCAAUAUUCUCUUAUAGGAUAAUUCAUAUUCAUUAGGUUUCUUAUAUCUGACUAUUUGGUUUUGCAACAAAAAGGCACACUUUUCUAUCAAAAAAGAAAAAGAAAAAGAAAAAGAUCAUUUGAGUUACCAGGGAAUAUGCAUUCCCUACAAUUCAUCAAGAACUUUCAUGCAUUGUGCACGAAUAUGUGUUAUGAUGUAUCUUUUGUCCUCAGAGUUACCAGGGAACAAACAAAAACAUGGAAGCGGAAAAAAAUUCUGUGUCAGCCUCUUCAAAACAGAAGAGAUCAUUUGAGGUUACGAGCGCAGAAUGUGGGCGUGGUGACAAAAAGAAGCAAAAUAGGAUCUUUUAUCCUCCAAAACAGAUUACAAAUGUGAUAACGACAUGUCCACAAGUGCGCUCAAAAGAACAUAAUCGGGUAAAUAAUAUGGAUAUUAUGAGAAAGCAUGCGCCCAAUAUAUGUGAACCACCUACUAGAAAUAUUGCAAUACAAAGAAAAGAGUUAGAGGUGCAGACAAAGAAGAAAAUGAUCUGUAUGAGACAAUCAAGAGAGGAGAAAAUGUUGGAUGAAAUAGAAAAUGUGGAGCGAGAUAUUCGGAAAAAAAUCAUAGAGCAAAAGGGACAAUCUAGUAAGGCACGACAACAGCUUCACAAUCAUGCACAAAUAAAGGUGAUAGCAAGAGGAGAACACUCAGCCAACAUAGAAGAUGAAGAGGAAGAUAUUAGAGAGGAUUUCAUAGAAGAUGCUGAAGGAGAUGUUAGUGAACAUAAUGAGCAAGAUGAAGAGGAAAAUAUUUGGGAGGAUUUUACAAAUGAGUCUGAAGGAGGUGAGGACUUAAGGGAACAACCAACAAGACAGGUAGCCAAUAAAGUGGUAGACAAACCCAAAAAAUAUCGAGGGCAAACUAAAUGUGAAAAAAUUCAUGCACGAAGUGUCCAUGAUCGACAAGUUAUUUUUUUAAAUGGGUUUGGACAACCUAUCGGACCGUCAGAUAAGGCAUGCAGUGAACUUAGCAGUUUCUUAGGCACACUUGGAAGAAACUCAAGUUUUGCACCUCUGGAUAAGGAAAAUUGGCACAAAGUUGAAGAAAAAGAUAAAGAAAAAAUAUGGGAUUAUGUUAAGGAAAAUAUGAUAUUCCGGAGGAAGGAAAAAAAAUGGACCUUAGAAACUGUCAAUUGUGCAUGGAGGCGCUGGAAAUCCAUAUUGAAGAAGAAGUGUUUUGACGGGUUCAAAAAUGACAAACAAAGACUAAAGACACGGCCAAAUACUAUACCUGAAAUAGAAUUUAAAGCCUUGCUCAAAUUCUGGAACUCCGAACAAUCAAAGAAAACAAGUGAGACCAACAAAGCAAACCGUGAAGGUCUAGAAUAUGUGCACACUACGGGGACAAUAAGCUUUGCGAGGAUUCGCAAAAAAAUGGAAAAUGAGUUAGGAAGACCUCCAAGUGAAGCUGAAAUGUUUAUUAAGACCCGUAAAAAGAAGAUAAAUCCACAAGGAGAGAAAACAAUCAAAUUGAUAGGUGCUUUAGAAGAACUCAAAUCUCAAGAUGAAGCUGAUGAUGCAUGGGGUUUAGUCAAGAAAGAUGAACAUCCUGGACGUGUACGUCUUAGAGGGAGGGGUGUCACUAAAACCAUGCUCCAAAAUAAAAAUAAAAAGAUCAUGGAUCCCUCUGAGCAAGUUCCAGAAUCUGUUGUUCAAAGUAUAUCACAAAAAGUUGAGCAAGAGUUGACAAAAAAGUUUGAAGAGCAGAAGGCAGAUUUGGUUCAUGGUUUCGCCGAGCUCUUGACUGAAACUCUUGGGCAAACAAUUGAUCCGGCGGCUAUUGCAAGGCUUAUUGCACGCACAAGAUCACCUGAGCAAGGUGGUAGUGCUCGAAAUCAUGAUCAUCCUCGCUCAUCUGCAAGCAGCCAUCAGCCACGAAAUGAGGAAAACAUCUGAAGAUCCAUGUUUGUCGCUCUUUGGGGGAUUUAUUUGUUGUGCAGAUUUAGAACUUAAUCGUCUCAAUAGAGACAUUUUGAUUAAGUAGUAGCUCUUUGUUUUAAUCAUGGAGGAUUUGUGAUAUGUGCUUAAUUUGGUUAGUUUGUGUGUAAAACUUGUGAAGAAUUAUCUCAAUCCUAUUGCUAUAA